CAAACAGCGGAAAUAAGUGGGGGGCAACGGAUGCUCAAGAUUUAAUCCAGAAAACACUUAGGGUGACGUCACAUAUAAUACCCCCAAGUUGUGUUUUGCAGAUGGAAGUCAGCAAGUGCGCGGUGAUUACAGGGGGAGCCCAGGGGAUAGGAAGGGCUGUGGCCGAGGAACUAUUGGAACAGCACCAUAAGGUGUGCAUUUUGGAUGUAAACAAAAUUACAGGAGAAAAAACACGGAAUGAACUUUUGCAGAAAUAUGGAAAUAACAACAUUUUCUUUUUUGUUUGUGAUGUGGCGAAAAAACAGGAUAUAAACAAUGCAGUCAAGCUGUGUAUAGACGCCUUAGGCCGUAUAGAUAUCUUCAUUAACAAUGCAGGGAUUAUUAACGAGUUCAACCCCGAAUUAGUCGUCAGUGUCAAUUUGACUUCUGUUCUUCUCUUCUGUGGGGCAGUGGUUGACUAUAUGCGCAAAGAUAAAGGUGGUAAUGGUGGAAUUAUCGUCAAUGUGAGCUCAAUGGCAGGGCUGGUUUCAGUACCAUUUAUGCCAGUCUACUGUGCAACUAAAAGCGGUGUUGUAGCCUAUACAAAGGCGUUCGCAACGUCACCGGAGAUCGAGAGCCAAGGAAUUGCUGUGUGCUGUAUUUGUCCAGGAUUUACAGAUACAGCCAUUAUUCAGAAUUUUGAAGAUAAAGUUUUGGAUGCUACUUCAGCUAAAAAAAUGUUGGAAGAAUAUGGAGUGUUGAAAGUGAAAACUGUAGUGGACGGUGUGAUGAAGCUUAUAAAAGAUCAGAAAAGUGGAGGAAUCUUAACAGUUAGCACUAAAGGAACAGACUAUUUGCCUGAGAAGAUUUAAAACACGUCUUUAUUUAACUGCUGAUUGUUGAUUCAUGUUUUAUUACCUAUAUUAUCUUUCGUCUUUAUUUUUAUACUUUA